AUGGAAAACAUCACUCCCCUAUCUGAGGCCCAAAAGGUCGCGCUUGAUAAGCUGACCGCAUCUUUGGGUCCAGAGUACGUGGAGUUCCUUGUUUCACAAGGUCCUGAAGUGCUUAAUGCACGUGUUGAAAGCUUCAUGCAGUAUGAAGCGACCCUUUUAGGGCAGGUCCAAGACCAAAUAGCGUCGGCUAUGCCUACACGCUACGUGUCUGUACCAGACGAAGAGGCUAAGCCUCGUCCACUUAGAGUGGAAGUAAAAAACUACUCCGGUAAGGAGGGCGAGAACCUCAUCCUCUGGAUCCGUGAGAUCGAGAUGGCCAUGAGAUCAGGCCUGAUCACGCUUGACCAUCAACAGGUCUCGCUGGCUAUCUCGAAGCUCGAUGGUAGAGCUAGAGAAUGGGCCUUGACGUGUAGCACGUCGGUGGACAUAGCGUUUCCCACAUGGGAGUCGCUCAAGUUACAAUUGGUAUAG